AUGAACAAGAUCUUUUCGGAAGCAAAUGAUAAAAGUAGUCAUGACAAUAUGCAUGAUAAUUAUUUGUAUUAUCCUAAUUUUAAAAUGUUCAUAAGUGAAAAUAAUAAUAAUAAUAAUAACAAUAAGAUUCAUAAUAGUAAUAUCAGUAAUAAUUCGAAUGAAGAAAAUUUUGAAGAGUCAAGAAAAUAUAUACAUAGGGAAAUUACAAAAACACUUAAGGCUAAUUCAGUUAAGAUAAAUAGAAUAUCUUUGGAUAGCCAUGCAGAAAAUAAUAAAAAGGAAUAUAUAUAUAAUGAGAAUAAUAAUAUUAAUAAUAAUAUUGAUAAUAAAGAAAUAAGUAAUAAUAAAAAUAUUAUUAUUAAUAAUUAUAGCAACAUGAUAAAAGUUAAUAAAUAUAUGGCAUGCAAUGAUAAAAAUAUUAGUGCUAUCGAAAAUGAACUUAAUAAUAAUUUAUGUCGACAUAAUGAAAAUGAUAAAAAAUAUGAUAUGGUAAAUAAUAAUAAUAUUAUAAAUAAUUAUGACAUGUUGAAUAAUAAUAAUAAUAAUAAUAAUAAUAAUAAUAAUAUAUUAAAUAAUAAUAACAUGCAUAAUAAUAAUAUUAAUAAUAAUAUUAAUAAUAAUAAUAAUAAUAAUAAUAUUAAUAUGAUUAACAAUAAUAAUAUGAUUAAUAAUAAUAAUAUGCUUAAUAAUAAUAGCGUGCAUAAUAAAUGUGAUCAGGUUUAUGAAAAUAAUAAUGUAACAAAUAAUUCUUUCUUAAAUGGAAGAACGGAUGUUUUGCCUAAUGAGUUAUUUUUAGAAGUUAACAGAAAUGAAAAUUUUGAGGAAGAAUGUAAAAUAAAACAUAAUAUGGACAAUUUUGUUUUUAGUAAUGAUGAAAUGAUAUAUAAAACGAUAAAUGGUAAUAAUAAGUUGUGUGACAUAUAUAAAAAUAAUAAUAUGGAUAAAAACAUUAAUAAUAAUAAUAAUAAUAUAUAUGAACAUGAAAUUAGUAAUAAUAUAAAUAACUUGAAAAAUAUGAAUAUUAACUUAUAUCGUAUGAACGAAUUAAACCAUGCAACAUUUAUUAAAACAAACCAAUCUAAUUUUAUAAAGGGAAAUAAUAAAGAAUGUAAAAAGGAAACUAUAAAUAAAAUCAAAAAGGUUGAUAUCCAUAAUAAAAAUUAUAAUAAUGAUAAUAUUAAUGAUAAUGAUAAUAUUAUUAUUAAUAAUAAUAAUUAUUAUAAUGAUAAUAUUAUUCGAAAUAUAACGUUUAAACAUGUUGAUAAUAAGAAUGAUGUAAAUGAAUCUAUUGAUUAUAAUUUAUAUAAUGAAGCUUUUAUGGACAUGAAUAUAUCUUAUAAUGGACUUAUGAAUAAUAACCUUAAUAAUGUUAGCAUGCAUAACAAUAAAAAUGACGACUACAAUAUUAUGAACAGUAAUUAUAAUAUAUACAUGUAUAAUAAGAACAAAAAUCCCAAAAAACAUUAUUCGAAAAAAUUAUUUACUGAUAAGAAUGAAUAUUCAAAAAUGAAUAUAAUGGAAAAUGAUUGUAAUAAAUAUAAAAAAUAUAAUAAUUUGAAGGAUAACUUUUAUAUGAAUAACAAUUAUAAAAAUAUACGUACAAAUAUGGAUUAUAUAAAAAAUAAAUCAGAAUAUUUUAUGAAACCAGAUAUGAAAGAUAAACGUUAUGCAAAUAAUAAUAUGUAUGAUGAUUUUUUUACUAUUGAAAAUAUGGAAAAAUGUGAUGAAAAAAAGGAUUACUUAAAAAAUGAAGAAUAUAACUACAAUAUGAAUUGUAAUAAUAGGUUAACAACAAAUGAAACGUACAAUUCUGGUACAUAUAAUAGUGGUAGUUAUAACAAUACAAGUUUUCAUAGUGCAAAUAUUAAUAACAAUUCUUAUGAUAAUAUAUGUUUUAAGAAAUCUAAUUAUAAUAAUGGAAUGUUUAGUAAUGCUACAUAUAAUAAUUAUACGUAUAAUAAUGCAAUUUUUUCCAAUAAUGUUUAUAAUAAUAAAACAGCAACAAAUAGUAUUCAUAAUAUUAAUAUUCAUGGUAAUAAUAAUGUUCAUGGUAAUAGAAGUUUCCAUGGUAAUUAUAAUAUUGAUAGUAAUAAUAAUUUUGACAUAUAUAUUCCACCUGCCCCUUUUGAUAGUGCUGAUAAUAUUAUUUCAAACAACAAAAAGAAUAUGAAAGAUAAUUCUUUCCAGGAUGGAAAACAAAAAAAGGUAUUUAAAAGUUUGGGUGAGAAUAACAAUUCGGUGUUUAAUAACUUAAACAAAGAGUAUAUACAUGGAAAUAAUAUGAACACCUGUUUAAUGAACGGAAUUGUGAAUAACAAGAAAGGUAAGGAAAAGAAAAUUCUUUUUCAUGAUAUAGAAAUUAAUAAGAGUGAAAAUAACAUGAUAAAUGAGAAAUUAAUGGAUAAUCCUUCUGAAUCUAAUACAAGCUUGUUGAGCAGUUUCGAUUUUAGGUCUCAUUUGUCUUAUAAUAAAUAUAAUGAUAAGGAACGUAAUAAUAAUAAAAAUAAAAUGAGUAUUAAAGGAAAUUAUAAGAUGAAUAGUAUACUGAAUAAUCAAAUGAGUCAUCGCAUUGAUGUUGAAGAUGAUGAAACAUUGAAUAAAAGCAAGAAGAGUCAUAAUAUUUUAAAUAACAAUGAUGUUAUAAUAAAUAAGAACGAAUGUGGAAAUUCAAAUAAUUUUUUACCUACGGGCAAGCACACAUACAAUAAGAAUUUUAUGGAUAGUUAUGAUAAUAAACACAUUGAUAUUAUUAAUAAUAAUUAUGAUGAAAAUGAUAAUUAUGAUGAACAUAAUAUCCAUGAUGGAAAUAAUAUCCAUGAUGGAAAUAAUAUCCAUGAUGGAAAUAAUAUCCAUGAUGGAAAUAAUAUCAAUGAUGGAAAUAAUAUCCAUGAUGAACAUAAUAUCCAUGAUGAACAUAAUAUCCAUGAUGGACAUAAUAUCCAUGAUGAACUUAAUAUCCAUGAUGGACAUAAUAUCCAUGAUGAACUUAAUAUCCAUGAUGAACUUAAUAUCCAUGAUGGACAUAAUAACUAUGAUGACAUUAUAACAAAUCACACAAGUAAUAACUUUUUUAUUGGUGAUUCAAUUAAUUUUGAUAAUAAAAUAGAUAAUGAUAAUGAACUACAUAAUGGGAAAGAAGAAAUAGAAAACGGAGGGGAAAUUUUACCUGAAAAUAAAGAAUAUGUAAUAAAACUCUUUUUUGGAAAUUUAGCUCCUAUAACUACCGAAAAGGAUAUGCACAAUUUAUUCAGCAAUUUUGGUAGAUGCGAUUCAUUAAUUAUAUUAAAAGAUAGAAGAAGUAAAUCACGAGGUUCUGGUUUUGUUACUUUUUAUAAUAGGGACGAAGCAGUAAAUGCCAUAAAAUGUUUAAAUAAUAAAAUAAUUUUAUCAGGUGCUCAUAAACCUUUGGAAGUUCGUUUUCCAGAAAAUAAGGAAGAAAAGAAAAUAAGAACCAAAUUAUUAAAUGCAGCAAAAUGGAAGGGUAAAAAAAUUGCACCUAGUGGAUGUUUACCAAUAAGUACCGAAGAUAUAUUAAACCAAUCAUCCUUAACAAUGAAUAGUACAAAUAAUAUAUCCAUUUUAAAUGCGAAUGAUUCAUAUAAUAUGUUUUCAGAAAAUGAAAAUACUGUAGUAUAUGAUAAUAAAGAUAUGAAUCAUUAUGAUAAUACAAAUAUAAAUCAUUUAAAUUGGUCAGAACAAUUUUCGGAGUUAUGUAAAACCACUAGUGAAACAACUUCUGAUACCUUAAAUAAUGAUUAUUUUAAUAAGAUGGAAGAGGUUAAAAUGGGUACGUAUAAUCGUACAUAUCGAAAGGGACCUCAUGAGAAUUACACUGAUAAUAUGAAUAUUAAUUUUAUGUUACAGGGAAAUUUGGGUGAAUUCCUACCCAAAUUUUUAAUAGACAAUAAUAGUAGUAGUGGUAAUAAUGUUGCUUCGUUUGGAAAGAACAAAGAUAUUAAUAAUGUGAUUCAGAAUAAUGAUAAAAUGUAUGAUAAUAUGAAGGAUCAUAUGAAUGAUAAUAUGAACGACAAUAUGAAUGAAGAUGACAAUAAUAAUAACAAUUAUUAUGAUAAUAACCUUUUGGAUAUGAAAAAUGAGACAAUAAUUAAUUAUCUAAGCAAUAAGGAAAAAAUAAUGGAUAAUACAGUUGUGAAUAAUAUCGACAAUUAUAAAGAAAAAAUAGAAAAUUUUAAUGAACGAUAUUAUGAAGAUGAUUUAAGUUUCUUAAACUUUCCAGGAUCCAUAACAAGUUAUGAUAAAAACCAUCAAAGAGAUAAAAGAAAAAACUGUUUUGAAGAAUAUCUAGACGAUAAUAAUUAUUUUAUUGAUAGUAAUCUAAAGGAAGUUAUAGAAAAUAAUAUAUAUUCGAAUAUGGAUAAGGAACAAAUUGAUAAAGGUCUAGAACUAAAUAUAUCACCAAGUAUAAAUGUUAUAGUAAAAGAAGAAGGUGGUAGUUUGAUUCAUGAUAAGGAUAUAUAUAAAAAAAAGAAAAAUAAUGAUGAUAUAUCUAAUGGAUAUAAUAAUAUGAAUGUACAUCAUUUAGGUUUUAAUUUAUUUGAUUUAAUAAAAAUUAAUGAUGAUGUAUUAUUGAAAAAUGAAUAUAUAAAUGGUAAUUCGCUCAAUCAUGAUAAGGACAAUAUACCAUCUACUAAUAAUAAAAAAGAUAAUAAUUAUAAUAAUAAUAAAAAAGAUAAUAAUUAUAAUAAUAAUAAAAAAGAUAAUAAUUAUAAUAAUAAUAAUAAUAAUAAUAAUGAUAGUAAUGAUAGUAAUAAUAGUAAUAUGCACAGUAAUAAAUCAAUAGAUGAUAUGAUACCUUAUGAAAAUUUGAAAAAACUAAAUGAUUUAUAUAAUUUCAAGUAUAAUAAUUUUUAUGAAGAAUCAGUCAAACUUUUGGGAACCCAUUUCACUGAAGAUAUAAGUUUAAAUAACCCUGAUGUAAAUUUUAAUAAAUAUGAUGAAUAUUUAAAUUUAUACAAACAAAAUGAAGGAAAUAAAAAAUCAGAGGAACAGGAAGAUGAAACAAAAAGAAAAGAUGAACAAAGUAAUGAUCUAUUAACCUUAUUACCUCAUGAUUUUAAUAAAGAAAACUUUUAUUUAAAUAUUAAAAAUAUGGAAAGAAAUAAUGAUAGUUUAAGUGAUGAAAUGUUAAAAAAUUUAAUCAACCUUUAUACAAAAAAUAAAUCAUCUAUAUUUACUUCACAUAUGUUUAGUUACCUAAAUAAUGUUCUUUGUGAAAUAAAUAAUGCAUUGGAAAUAUUCAACAAAUUUAAUGCAAAUAGUUCUAUCAAAAAUAAUAGUGAUAAUAGUACCAAGGAAUAG